AUGACGAUGAUUACUUUUGUCUUCAAAUUCGCAACUGAGGGAGAUAAGGAAGAAAUCCUAGAAAAUGGGCCAUAUACAUUUCAAAACAGACCGCUGAUAAUUCGAGAGUGGACUUCUGAUUUUGAAGUUAGCAAGGAACCACAGAGGAUUGUACCAAUUUGGGUAAAUUUGCCAAGGUUUCCAGUUCAGUGCUGGGCUGAGGAAAACCUUGGGAGAAUUGCAAGUUACCUGGGUAAACCACUGUGUUCAGAUCGACUAACUGCAGAAUGUGAACGACUCUCUUAUGCAAGGGUACUAAUAGAGAUGGAUAUUACUCAACCGAUGCCUAACGAGAUGGUAAUUGAGAAGCCUGAUGGAUCUACUUGGGAACAGGCUAUAGAGUAUGAGUGGCAACCAAAGUUCUGUGUUGAUUGCAAUUCCUUUGGGCACCUAGCAGGGGAAUGCAAAGUAGAAAUGGUAGUUCCAAAGAAAAAGAAUAGGCGGAGGAGAAGAGAGUAUCCAACACGGCAAGCUAAAGAUGUACCCCCAAAUAAACCCACCACACCAGGACCUAGUACUGUAAUGCAAAACACAUCUGGGGAGCCGGUGGCAGAGGUAAAUCUACAAGUGAAUGCAAGAGGAAAACAGACUGUAGUGGCUCAUAAAGCACCACAUAUAGAUCCUGCUGUUAUGGCCCAGAAAAAUAACAAUGCUGCUCUGCAGAUAGGGGCAAGACCUCCUGAUAUUCAACAACAAGAUGGUAUGCAACCGGACCACUCGCAAAGGCUGUCUAAAGGGGGUAUUCCCACUACUAUUUCUCCUAUAUGA